AACAAUUUAUAUAUUCUCCAGUCAGGUGUAAAGAUGGAUGAAUAUGAAGACGACAGUAUUUCUGAUGACGAGUCUGGAAAUGAUAUCACCAACAAUAAUUACAGAGUGCAUAGGGAACAGGGUGUUCAAUAUUUUUCCGAUAUAAGCCUUCCUUGUGUACUGCUCUUGGAAAGUGGAAAUGAUGACCCCUUGCAUAUUGAUGCACAUGACAUGCAUUCUCAAUCACAGCGAAAGUUUCAUAUUGAAAUCAGAGAGGAAGGUUAUGAUGGUCAUGGACAGAUCACCCCGGUUACUUGCCAAACAAUUCCCGAACAGGGUUUUGGAAUGGUAAACCACAAACAUAUUGCUCAUGCGGUCGAGGCUUACCAUGGUUCUGAUGUACAAAAGAUGGGAUAUAUGAUCAACUGUGUCAAAGAUAUCGAGGACAUGCUCCAUUCUUUUUUUGCUUUUGAUAAAGAAUGUAGACUACAAGAACGGUUUGAAUACGUUGAAAACAGAUUGCAUUCUGACAUAGCUGAGUUAAACAAAUGCCUGGGUAAAGUUCGUGAUGCAAUUGAAAGGGUGGAGCAGUGUCCAAGGAUCAAAGUACAAUGUGACAGUGAUACAGCUGACCAUGACACUCAGACGGAUACAAGUACUGUUUGUUCAAGGAAAUACAGUAAUGAGAAGUCUAUAUUUGAAAGACCGACGUCACAUAAUUUAACAGAAUUCACAGAGGCUGGUGACAAUAUUGAUGACAAAAGUGAAGAAAGUAAUUCGGAGUCUGAAUGUUCCGAUAACACAAAUAUAACAGACGAUUCGAAUGAGAAAGAAACAACGUGUAUGUUUGAUGAAACCAAUCUUCAGAGAGAAACUGGAACUCGAAAUAAGGACAUAUUUAAACCGACGUUGGGGGAAUACAUAGAAAACUUCACAUCUGAAACAUCGAUGGAAAUGUCGCAGAAGGAUGAUUGGAAAAUAGAUCACACAGCCUGGUUGUCAUGCCUCGAACUCCAAGACCAUAAUCAAAUCGGUACACUGCUAAAAGAAAGAAAGCUUCCAGAUCAAGAUUUGCUGGAUAAGGCAAGUUCGAUUUUCGGAAGAUGUUCCCUGAUUGUAUCUGAUAUAUGCAUAUCAGUCUGCAAAUAUUUACGGGGAAAAGCAUCUGAAAAUUAUAUAGACAUAUGGCCAGCAUAUUUUUACGAUAAAGAUACGACAACUGCUUUGGACAAUAUCACUUUUGUUGUAAUAAAAGCUAAUCAACGCGACUUAGGUAUCGGAGAUGUGUUCAGAACAUAUGAAAGAGAGGCCUCCAUAUGCAGUACCGAAAGUAAAUACAUAAACAAGCUUGAAUAUGAGUCAGAAAUAGAUUUCGAAGAUUUACCUAAACUGACAAACUGUGUCAAUCAAAAUUCAGCUACCUUGAUGCGUAACCACAGUAAAUUAACGAUGGUGUCAGCUAGUUCAAAAAUAUCUAAAGGUUACAAGUCUGACAAGAAAAUUCUAGACAGACAAUGUGUUACACUGUAUGUUCAUGUAAAAGGUUAUAUACCAUUACAAGAGAAACCUUUUCCUGAACAUGUAGGAGACUAUCCUGUGGAUGUGCGCGAAGCUGUGUUUAAACAAUUUCUUGGCGGGCGACCAGAUGAACACCUUGAGAACUUACGGAUGGGAUGUGCUAUAAGGGGCAGUACUGAAAAUGAACAUGGACUUGCUGGCACACUUGGCGGAUUUCUUGAACAUCCGAAACAUGGUUUAUGUUGCAUAACAUGUGGGCAUGUUCUUUGUCGCGAUCUAGACAAACUUCCGAGUAAUGGAAAAAAACAUUUGACGGAUCAAGAAUCAAAUGUUCCUGUUUUUCAACCAAUUUGUCCCGGGUCACGUUCGUUUGGUCACUUAGUUAGUUUAGUGUAUAACACUGGUGGAAAUGGGGAUUCUGGUGUGGAAGUUGCACUGAUCAAACUUGACUCUAGAUUUCCAGUGGACGGACGAUUCCCCGAUACAGACAAAGGUUUUCAGACAGGACAGGUAAACAUUAAAUAUUGGUACUAUUUUCAUUGGCCUCUCUUGUUAUUUAGGUGUCAUUAUGUAGUGAAAUACAUAUUUUAUUGCUUUCAAUUUUUUAAAUAUUUUUAAUUAAUUACAUUAUAUGCUUGGAAGGGUAUUUUCCACUCUUGCAAGUUUUUCAUCUUAGUAAAUUCAUGUCUUUCAGGAUUUUCAGAAGAAAACCCAAUGACCUUUUGCAAUGGAAAAAUAUGUGAACUGGAGGAGCUGAAUAAAGGAUCAGUAGUGAUCAAAUAUGGAUGGUGCACAGAAAUUACACGUGGUGUUUUUCGGUUGAAGGGUGGAGCAGUGCGAACUUCCAAUCCAGUUGGAGAACAUGGAGGUGCUGGUUUCUUACUUCAUAACCAGAUAGAAGUACUCUCUGCUGGUGAAGACGUAUUUGCUGCUAAUGGUGAUUCUGGAGCUUUUGUAUUCAUUGAAGAAAAUGAUGAGUUAAGCCUCGUAGGUAUGCUUGAAGGCGGACUGGAUGAC